UCUGUCCCCUUGUCCCCCUCCAAGGCAGCGGUCAUGAACUGGGGUGCGCUGGAGGCUCUCCUCAGUGGGGUCAACAAAUACUCCACGGUGUUCGGUCGGGUUUGGCUCUCAAUGGUCUUCGUCUUUCGGGUGUUGGUGUUUGUGGUGGCGGCUCAGCGGGUGUGGGGUGACGAGAGCAAAGAUUUUGUAUGCAACACUGCUCAGCCGGGCUGCACCAACGUGUGCUAUGACUACUUCUUCCCCAUCUCCCACAUCCGCCUGUGGGCCCUGCAGCUCAUCUUCGUCACAUGCCCGUCACUGAUAAUUGUCGGACACGUCAAAUAUCGAGAGAUGAAAGACUUAAAGUACACCACCACCCAUGAGGGUAAACACCUGUAUGCAAACCCUGGGAAGAAACGUGGAGGGCUGUGGUGGACAUACCUGGUGAGCCUGAUUUUCAAGGCAAGCUUUGACGCUGGUUUUCUCUACAUCCUUUACCACAUCUACGAAGGGUACGACUUACCUCGUUUGUCCAAGUGUUCCCUGGAGCCUUGCCCGAACACGGUGGACUGUUACAUAUCCCGCCCUACGGAGAAGAAGAUCUUCACUCUCUUCAUGGUGGUGUCCUCUGCUGUCUGCAUCUUGAUGUGUAUCUGUGAGAUGGUUUACUUCAUCUUCAAACGCAUCAAGAAACUAAUCAAGAAAAAAAUAGAUGCAGACAGGAGGGCAUUCGCAGACACAAGCUGAAGCCAUUGUCAACACCCUUUUCAAAGCACAAGUCUAGAUCAUCUUUGAGAGUGGACCCAACAGCCUCUAUCCAGAACCUGAGUAACAGCAAGACUGAGGAAGCACCAACUAUGAAAUAAGGACCAUGUUGCUCAGGCUACUCUGAAAAACUAAUUGAAUAACUUCCAGGUGCCACUGGAAGCAAAUGCAUCCUUCUGACUGCUUGCAGAACUGUUUCUCAACAGCAAAGAAUUUGUAAAUAAAACUUUGUUAAAUGAUAUUCUGCAUGGAAAUCGACAGCAAAAGUGCAGAUGAAAGAGGAAGCUAUUUUUUGAGUAAUGAUGCUCUAUGUGUGUAUGAUUGUGUGCCUGUACUCAUGUUUUUAUGUAGCCUGUGCAUCACUGGCCAGUACGAAAUUGUGAUAAGCUGUUAGAUCAGGUACUUCUAAUGGAUAAAACUUUAAAAGGUUAAAGGUACUAAACUCAUCUAGAUACAGAACAGAUGGUGAACCCCUUUACCUGAAAAUACAGAUUGACCAAGCAGAGCACUUUUUUGAACACAGUAAGUGGAGAUGAAGAAAAUGAAGAAAAUUCCCUUUAUUCUUACACUAGAUUGAAAUUGCUUGGUGAAGGUGCAAAUGUGAAUUAAUUCAUGACAUUGAAAAACUGACAGAUACAAUUGUUUAUACCUACAAAAAUGCUAUUUCUCAACCACAAUGAAGUAUGAUAUGCAUAUUAGUUUUUUUUAAAUUAUGUAUUUAUUGUUGCAAUAUAUAUAAAACUUUUUCACGGGUGCGGUUUUGAUAGAUAGGACAAUGCUCCAAUGGUGAGCGGAAACCGGACGUUGCUGUAUCUGCCUUUCUGGUUGCUUCGUUGUAGGAAGUAAAGUUUGUCAAAUAUGAGUUUCCACUUCAGACAGGUAUGGAAUUCUUAUAUUUUAUAUUUUGUUUGUGUCUUCAUUAUAACAUACUAGGGUUGUUUCUUGAGUUUGUUAUCUGUUUUAUUGGUUAAUAUGACGUAACUAACGGCACCCAAAGUAGUUUCGGUUAUUCAUUUGUCUGCUGUGGUUAGCUAAGUGUUACACCGUAAACGGUAGCUAUUCCUUAGCAACAUUUCAGUAGGAAAUAGCGGGUUACUCAGUGUUUAUUAUUUAAAUGUGGUCUUGUGGUUAGGGAUUAUGUAAAUACUCUAGUUUUCCCCGUUUGAAUUGAUAGCAGUCAUGGUGAGUUUCAUCUGAAAGUAGAGGUAACUCAUCGUUCUUGCUGAAACACAUAAUUACGGCGUAAGUAAAUUUUAACCUUAAUUACCUACCAUAUA